CCAGGGGGCGGUAGCGGCGGCGCCGUUGCCACAGCGACGCGGACGCCAUGGCCGCCGUGCCCGGGCCGCUGCCGCCCGCCGAGGCUGAGGCGCUGGUGCGGGCGCUGCAGGGCUCCGAGCUGCGGGACAUCGGCAGUCAGGGCUGGCUGCGGCAGCACGAGCAUGUGGAGAAGCUCAACAUGCACGGCAUCCUGAGUGCCUCAGCGGGCCAGGAGCAGCUCCUCACCGAGCUGCUGGUCACCCAUGCCAAGAUUCCUGUUCUCAUUGGGGAGCUGAUCUCGGUGGAGAUCUGGAAGCACAAGAUCUUUCCUGUGCUGUGCCGGCUGGAGGACUUCAAGCCCAGAAGCACCUUCCCCAUCUAUGUGGUGCUGCACCAUGAAGCCUCCAUCAUCAACCUCCUGGAGACAGUGUUCUUUUACAAGGAGGUCUGUGAGUCAGCAGAGGACACCAUUCUGGAUUUGAUCGAUUAUUGCCACCGCAAGCUGAUCCUGCUGGCAGCUCGGAGCACCAAGGCACAAGCAGUGACCUCAGCAGAGCUUGGUGCUGAGCAUCUGGCCAGCCCCUCAUCCAUGCAGGAGCUGCAGAAGCAGGCAGAGAUGAUGGAGUUUGAGAUUUCCCUGAAGGCGCUGUCCGUGCUGCGGUUCAUCACUGACCAGGUGGACAGUCUGCCCCUGAGUGCACUGGCACGGAUGCUGAACACCCACAACCUGCCCUGCCUCCUUGUCGAGCUGGUGGAGCAUUGCCCCUGGAGCUGUUGGGAAGCAGGCAAGCUCAAGAAGUUUGAGAAUGGCACAUGGCACGUGGUGCCCCCUGAGGACCAUGUGAAGAUGACCAAACUCGAUGGGCAGGUGUGGCUUGCCCUCCUCAACCUCCUGCUCAGCCCCGAGUGCCAGCAGAAAUAUCGCUUUGAUGGCUUCAACAAGAGCCAGCUCCUCAAGCUCCGUGCAUUCCUGACAGAUGUCCUCAUUGACCAGCUGCCCAACCUGGUGGAGAUGCAGAGAUUUCUGAGUUACCUUGCAGUGACAGAGCCUGCUCCCCCCAAAAAGGAUCUCAUCUUGGAGCAGGUUCCUGUCAUCCGGGACCAUAUCCUCAAGAAAAACUCAGGGAAGUGGGAGGCCAUUGCCAAGCACCAGGUGAAGCAUGCCUUCAGCCCCACUGAGGAGGAGCUGCAGCUCCAGGCACGCAGGUGGGCACAGACCUACAGCCUGGACAUGAUGGAGGCCCUGGCCCCUGACAAGCCCCGCUGCAGGGUGUGUGGUGCAGAAGCAGCCAAGCGCUGCUCUCGCUGCCGGAACGAGUGGUACUGCACACGGGCAUGCCAGGUCCAGCACUGGCAGAAGCACAAACCUGCCUGCAACCUGAUGGCCGAGGUGUCUAGGAGUGUGGAUGACCUUUAGUCAAGUGAAGUGGUGUCUGGCAUCUGGCCCGUGGCUCAGAGAGGAAGAGAUUCCCCCAGUAUGGAGCCCACCGCUGGAAAGAAGCUGGCAAGGGCCCCUUCUGCUCCCCACCCCAGGCAGCACUAGCCAGGGUCAGCCUCUCCUCUCUCCUCUCCCACCACCCCACCGUGCUGCCUUCUCCAAAAAACCUCUCUUUUUAAAAUCCCACAGCUGCUUGGCUUCUGCUUUUUCUCCCCUAGCUGAAGAUAACAAACUACUUCCUUCCCACCCUUUCACACAGUAGAGAGGCAUGUGUCUAUUUUCCUCUCUGCAACAAUAGAAAUCCCAGAGAACCCAAAAAAGCCUAUAAGGCUAUGGUUACCUUACUGCAGCUGGAGAGGGAGGGGAGUGAGAAGACCUCUGUGCUGCCUUUUACCAUUGUUAGAGCAGUGUGGGGAGGAGAGGAUGUGGUUUGCACGAGCAUCUUGCUGUGAGAAAGAGUUUCUUGGGUAUUUGUCAUCUCCCACCUUGCAGGGACAACUCACCCCAUUUCCUUUCCCUUGAUGUGAUGUUAGCACCCAGGGCUUGGCCCCCUGUCCCCCAGCAUUACCAGUAAGCAGGGUUUACUGGUGGGGAUGCCUCGGGAUGCAUUUCCACCUCUCACUGGUCAGCAGCUGCUGCCAAAGGCCUGGAGCCUUGGUCUGAGCACAGCUGGGAAAGGUUGGCCAUGUCUUCUUUCUCAUGGGGUGCCAGAGAAUCCCUGACACAUAAAAAUAGGCUUUGCAGCAGGUCUGCUGCUGCAGGAGCCACGACAGCAGGCAGGAAACCAUCUCGGUCCAGCUGCAGCCCCGGCUGAGCAGCCCGUGCUCAGAGCUCAAUAAACUCCAAACCCAAACCCAAGCGGCACGUCCAGGGCUGCAGCCAGCGGGAGCAGAAACACUCUCCGUAGCUCUCCAUCUGCUUCUCACCCGCUGCCAGGAGUGCCUCCAGCCCCUUCCCCAGCGGGAAACUGAGGCAGGGAGCGGAGUUUGUCCCGCUCC